UGUAAACCUGUUUUCUAUACCCAGUAUCCAUUUUGUUACCCAAUACCAUUUUGGCCCAGGUUUCUUUUUUUUUCCUAUGACCUCUGCUGGGUACAUUUCUGCCUCUUCUGUAUAUCAUACAAUGCAAUAUGUGAAUUUUUCGCUUGUUGCCUCAAGGAGACAGAGAAACCAACAAUAUACUAUUGAACGAUUGCUACACGGUCUCCACAUUUGUAAUGUACGCGUCAGAAGAGCAGUUCUCCCGCCCUUUUCCCGUUACCGACGAUUACUCCAAGGUCCUGCAUUUCAGGAGGCAGUAGGAAACGAUUAGCCCCACCUACGCAGCGGACGUACGAUUUUACCAGAAGGUUCUACAGGAGACAAGGGCCGCUACGCAUGCUCCAACGAUUAGUACACACAAGGCGGAGCUCAAAGUUCUCAUCGAGCGCCUGCGUAAUAUGGUGGGCGGGGUGUGCUGCGCAUGCGCCUGAAGUGCAGCUUUUCGGCGCCUUUGUCCUUCCGCCAUUUUGAGUGUCCAAAGCGCUGAUUGGGCUCUGUGCUCCGGUUCUGGAACCAAUCAGAGCGGAGAGGAGAACCGAGACCGGGAGAGGUGAUCAUCAUAAUCUGCAGAUGGAACAGUACACAACAAGCAGCAAUGGCUCUCCAGAACAGAUUGUGGUUCAGGCUGGACAGAUACAACAACAGCAGUCUGGUGCAGUUACUGCUGUCCAGUUACAGACCGAGGCUCAGGUGGGAGCAGCCUCUGGACAGCAAGUACAGACCCUCCAGGUAGUACAAGGCCAGCCGCUAAUGGUUCAAGUCAGUGGGGGACAGCUGAUUACCUCUACUGGUCAACCAAUUAUGGUUCAGGCAAUGGGUGGGCAAGGCCAAACUCUUAUGCAAGUACCUGUAUCUGGAUCUCAAGGACUUCAGCAGAUACAGCUGGUACAGCCAGGGCAAAUUCAGAUUCAAGGAGGACAAGCUGUUCAGGUGCAAGCACAGCAGGGUCAGCCACAGCAAAUAAUCAUUCAACAACCACAAACUGCGGUUACAGCAGGACAGAGCCAGAAUCAGCAGCAGAUAGCUGUUCAAGGUCAGCAGGUUGCACAAACGGCAGAAGGACAAACUAUUGUUUACCAGCCAGUCAAUGCUGAUGGCACAAUUCUACAGCAAGUGACAGUCCCUGUUACAGGAAUGAUUACCAUACCAGCUGCAAGCUUGGCAGGAGCCCAGAUUGUGCAAGCUGGAGGAAACACCAACACCACGAAUAGUAGCCAGGGAACAGUGACUGUUACUCUACCUGUGACUGGAAAUGUGAUGAACUCUGGGGGCAUGGUUAUGAUGGUUCCUGGUGCAGGUUCUGUGCCUGCUCUGCAAAGAAUCCCUCUACCAGGAGCUGAAAUGCUGGAGGAAGAACCAUUAUAUGUAAAUGCAAAGCAAUAUCAUCGCAUUUUGAAAAGGCGCCAGGCACGAGCCAAAUUGGAGGCUGAGGGCAAAAUCCCCAAAGAGAGAAGAAAAUAUUUGCACGAGUCACGUCAUCGUCAUGCUAUGGCCAGAAAGAGGGGAGAUGGAGGACGCUUUUUCUCUCCAAAAGAAAAAGAGGGUCACCACUUGCAGGAAGUGGAGUAUCAUUAAGCAAAAGAUGGAGCCGAUGUAACGGUCCAUGUUCUUAUUUUUCUGUUUCCCCAGGAUUCAUCUCAGGGAAGAGAUGUUUACACAGAUGAUGCAACCAUUCUGGCAACAUCCUGAACACUGCAGAGAUGAAGCUAGAACCGUAAUAUUAUAACUUCCACUCUUUGUCAGAUUUAUAACCUUCCUCAACAUAGGUUACCAAAUGGAACUGUGUCCUUAAAGUGUCCCUGUCAUUAAGUUCUCCCAUUUAUGCAUUUGUUACAGAUGUUCUAUCAUGCCUACUUGUUUAGUUAAAUUGUUGUGUUCUAUUUCUGCUUUACUACUAGCACUGUAUAUACUUUGAGAUCAGAUUUGCUGUUUAAAAGGAAAUGUGUAUUUAAAGGUAUUAAAUGAAAAUAUAACUAAAAGUUACUGUUUUUAAUAUUUAGAUCAGUUUCCUAUGAGAUUUUUUAAAUUAAGGAAUUGACACAUUGACAUUUUUCACGGAAAGUAUCCUAAUUUGCUCCUGGUAAUUGUCCUGUAUAAAAAAAAAAAAAAAAAAAAAAAAAAAAUUGUAUAUGCUUUUGUACAGUUUCUACCAAAUCACACAUUUCUUCUUUUUAUUGUGCAAAAAAAAGUGUUUUAGUUUUUGUUUUCAGGUUAAAAGAUGCUCAAAGUUUAAAUAUAAUUUAUCAAAUGCAACAGUGUUAAACAAACUAUAUUAAUCACUUAUAUUAAUCAACAUUCAGACAUAGAAUGUGUCGUUGGAUAAGAAUCAUUUGGCCCAUCUAGUCUGCCCAUUAUCCUGAAUGCUAUGAAUAGUCCAGAUAGACCAGCAUUGUGGGGUUCUGCUGUGAAAGUGAUACUAUCUCCAUGGUUAGAAAUGUGGCCCAAGCCUCUGCAGGAACUUGCUUGCAGUUCUAGUGCAAAACCAAGCCACAAGAUAGAAUAGUGUACUCCUGUAUUUGUGAUAAGCUAAAGGUUUAUUCUGGCUUGAGACACCUUAUCCCCUGUCCAAAAGAUAGGGGAGAAGAUGUCUGAUCGCAGAGGUCCCAGCGGCUGGACCCCUACGAUCCUUUAGAUAGGGGAGAAGAUAUCUGAUCGCAGAGGCUGGGAUACCCCGUUAACCUUUCUGCUGGUCCAUGAAGGACUGUGUCCCCUUGGGAGUGGGAUUACAUUUGUAAUUUCUUAAAGGACUAACACAUGCCUGACGAAGGCUUAGCAAGCUUGGGCUGUGACUACCAAAAUAUUAGCAAAAACUGGGAGUCUAAUGUAGCAACAUUGUUACUCAGUGGUCCAUGUACUCAGCUCAAUUUU